AUUGUUAGAAUUAAUUGCUUCUUCAUUUAGUAUUUUCUUCUUAUCUAAUACUCUCAUGGGCAUAGCAGUAUAUGUUGUUAUAUUUUGGCAAUUUUGCUUCAGAUAUUGUUCUCAUGAAAUGAGGUGAGUUGGAGAUGGCAGAGUUUCCGGGAUAUUUUCGUUACUGCUUGAACACAGGGAAACUCGUCCUUUUGGCAAUUUUGGUCUCUGGAGGAGUCGUCUUGCAAAUUUUGGCAUGUGCAUUGUAUAAUAAUUGGUGGCCAAUGCUAACUGCGAUAACAUAUGUGCUUCUUCCAAUGCCUUUGCUCUUCUUUGCUGGAUCUGAACGUUCCUCUUUAUUUUCUGAAUCAGAUAGCAGCUGGGUGAAUGCAACCAAGUUCUUAACUGGGGCCUCAGCUGUCGGAAGCAUUGCCAUUCCAACCAUAUUAAAGCAUUCUGGUGUUAUAGGUUGGGGAGCUCUGGCCAUGGAACUCUCUUCCUUCUUUGUGUUUGUAUUUGCCAUAAUGUGCUACAUACGGAUGAAUGAUGAAGAUGAUUAUAGUACUCUUUGAGAUGGGAGCAUAAGGGGGUUUUCUUCAUCAGUAAAGUUGUAUUUAUUACCUUUGAUUAUAGUAUACCUAUAAGAUGAUUUAAUGUUAGUUGAUGAUUGAGGCGUCUUCUGGUUGUGUUUGA